AUGGCAGCUCCAAAUGAGGAUGAAAUAUUAGAAGGUUUUCUGUGUCCUAUUUGUAAAGCCGAUUUGAAAUCUGCUUCUCAAUUAACGAAUCAUUUUGAGAGUUUACAUCAAGAAGAACAGGACGUCCUUAAAUCUUUAAAAGACAUAUUUGGAAAAGCGAAAAAAAUUAUAUUAAAUAAUGAAGAUAGCGAUUUGAAAGAAACAUUUGAUCGGGCGUUAAAAUUUAAUUCCCAAGAGUACUAUCCUAGCGAAGAACAAGUAAUAGGCGUGUCACGUUGUUCUACGGACUAUUUCAAGGGUGUCCGAUCAGCAAGACUAGAAAGAUAUGCAACUGAAACGAAUAAGCUGCUUAUUCGAUUAGAUAAGCUUGUUUGUAAUAUGCCCAGUGAGCCAAAUCAAAGAAAAGUACAUGAACAGGAAGUGGUACCGUGGUUGGAUGGGUCUUCAGUGAAACUUUGUCCCAAUUGUGCAAAAGCUUUCAAUCUUACUAGGAGGAAGCAUCACUGUCGUCUUUGUGGGUCUAUAUUGUGCCAUGACUGCUCUGUUUUCCUUGAUAUAAAUGUUGCAAAGUCAAUAGUUGAUCCAUCUUUACCUCAAGCUUUAACACAGUCAGAUCAAGAAGUAACUGAAAAAAAUGGCCUAAGGCUCUGUGAGCACUGUUUUAAUCUAAUAGAGCUGCGGAAGCAAAUCCAGGAUAGUCGAAAUGCAAAGACUGUUCUAGUGACAGCAUAUGAACAAAUGCGGAGUUUGAUGGAUCAGGCUAGGCCCGCUGUUGCAAUGUAUGAAAAGAUGUGUCAAAGCCUCUUUGACGGAGAAACAACGUACAACUUGUCGGAUGUGAACGCAUUGCGCGGUCGCAUUGGUAAGCUGGCAGAGGGAAUUGAUCUACUGAGUAAGCAGAUCGCUAGCUUUCCAGUGGACCCUGGAACGCGGCAGGCAAAACUACAAAAUUCCAUAAGACAAGCUGCGGCACAUUUUAUUAAGGAAGAACUCCUAUCCUUACGCAAAUUACCUACGGAAGCGCAGAUAGACGAAGUUCGCAGAGAGCGGUACGAGCGGGCGCAAAAGCAGGUCCAGAUGGAAAGGGAGAGGAUGGAAAGAGAAAGAGAUUGGAGAGGAGAAGAAGCUGGCGCGAGCGGAAGUCGAGUAGACAAUAAUCCAGAAGUAGACGAUAAUAACCCCUUAAUAGAGCAAAUGAAUAUCAUCCGCGGCUAUAUAAAAGAAGCGAGAAAGGAGCUGAAAUUUGAAGAGGUUGCGAUUUUGGAGGCAAAUCUUAAAGAACUGAAGAAAGAGUACCAACUGCAAAUGCUCUCAAACAAGUCCUAG